CGCCCCGACUGGAGCGUAACCAAGUGUAGGAAGACAAAGUUCAGACCCGGGGAGGCAGCUUGACGGGGCCCGCGACGUUGAGGAGGAGGGAGGGUACCCCGCAGAUCCCCCAGAGCAGACUCCAAAGCAGAGGACGCGGCAGGAGCGGCUUGGGCAGCUGGGGAGAGGAGCCUGUCAGCCCCACAGACGGCCUAGAGAAAGCUGGCACUCCAGGCAAGGGGCGAGAGCGUGCCUCCAGCAACCCGGGACCGGACCUACUGUGAAGCUGCGGCCACCGGAGACCCGAGCCCUACUGCUAAACUUCGGCUCAGGGGAUAAGCGCCUGCCUGGGUCUCCAGCUCUCAGCCAACAGCUACCCCUAGCGGAAAAGCGACUGUCCCGUCCCCUCCGUGCCUCCCAGGGCGUUCCAAGGCUCGGCGAGAGAGCCAGGGUAAUGAGGCGUGCGCUCUCCUACUCCCUGCCCUUUCCAAACCUCGAGCUCUGCCCCUAAGCUAUCCUGCCCGGAGGCCACCGCGAAACCCCGGCCCCAGCUGCCCAGCGGCCCAAGUCUGGCUAUCCCUCAGACUCCAUACAUUCUCCUGCCAGCCUCCCCACGCCCGGAGCUGAAAGCCGACCGGAGCUGCUGUUCCUUGUACGGACAGGCGGCGGGAGUUCGGGCUGCGUUAGCGAAGGUGUAGGGCGGGCUCCGAACUCCGAGAUGGGCAGUGUUUGUGCUUGUGGAACAAGAUAAGGCUGUGCGCAUCUAUAGCGUGGAAAGGCAGGGUACGGAGUGGGAAGCAAAGGGUGUGAGACCAGAGGGAUUCGUUGUGUGAGGAUAGAGAGCAAUGUCAUGUAUGGGUGGUUUUAGAGGUGUAGGGUGCAGGAUUGUGUGGGAUAAGGUUGCAUCGUGGUGGUUUGUGCGUCCUAGGAGUGAGGCAUACAGACAGGGUGUGGUGCAGAGUAGUGGAGUUGGAGGAAGAAUGGGGGUCGGAGAAGGUGGGAGAGUGCGUUGUUCGCGUAGCAAGGCUAGAGAAAAUAUUGGGUCCCAGAAGCUGAAGUCUGCCGGUCUCUGUCCCCUGCCUUACUGAGGAGACCCGUCGGGCUGGGAGCCGCCUUGAGAUGGCUGGGAGCUAGGUGCUCCCAGGAGCAGCAGGCGUUGGGUUGGACGUGGAGAGUUAGCAAGGCUUUCUUCUACUCCCAUUGAACCCCACAGUACGUCCGGGUCCCGCGGCAGAGCCUACGAGGCUUCUAGACGCAAAGAGAGCGCGCCUAGACGGAGAAAACCCUCAGACUUUCACUGAAAGCUAAAGGCGCCUAGUGCUUCACUUGAGACACCCCAGGCGGGUCCCGCCCUGGUGUUCAGGUGGGAGACCAUCCAGCCUUGGACGCUGCCCCCUCCCCCCCGAAAAACCUGAAACUUUGGAAAGGGCGGGCGUUAGACGAAGAUGAGGGUUUCCCCUCCCCCCUUUCUAAACGGGAUUGGUCAAGAAGACGUCUAAGGUCCCUUCCAGCUAUGAUGUUAGGUAAGUUCUGUAUCCCUUCUCCUUUCACCCUCCCGCGGCUCUCCCUGCUCCAUGGCACGUCUCUAGCCCCUCGUUUGGUCCCUCUCUCCCCUCCUUGCCUGUUUAUUUUUAGGUCAUUGGCGGCUAGCUCUAGGUAAUCCCCAGGCUGAAGUUCCAAGGGGGCGGGGCCCUACUGGGGGCGGAGUCGCCUUUUCUUUUAAACCCGCGACUAUAAAUCCAGUUUAAGGGGAAGCGGGAUCUCAGAUGAGCAGCCCGGACCCAAGUCGGCUAGGGGAGCGAGGGGGUGGGGCCCAGGGCGGCCGCGGCCGCAGCUGCCCAGCUGCGCCGCGGCUAGCCGGCAGGCUCCACUCCCUCCUGGUUCACACCUUGGGCUUUCUUACCCAGGUGGCCGCCUGCUGUUUCCUGGGCCCGCGCUUCCUGGCCACAGCGGUGACGCUGUGGCUACUGGACUUCCUGUGCAUCCGCAAGAAGGUGCUGAUGAGACGCCGGCGCGAAGGCGACGCUGAAGACCCCUGGAAGGCGGGCGGGGGUGGGGGCGGGGGUGGAAGAGAGGAGGAGGAUGGGGCAGCUGUUAUCUUGUUCCCGGGGCUACCCCCUGAUGACCCGCCAAUCUGGGUCUCUGACUCCAAUCGGCUCUGCACUAUAGAGUCGCUGAAGGCUGUCUGGCACGGGCAAAAAAUGGACUUCUUCAAGACUGCCCACAAGGGCUCCCCAGCCCCCAAUCCCGAGGUCAUUCAGCUGGAUGGACUGAAAAGACUGCGCAUCCUAGACUUUGCGCGGGGCAGCCGGCCACUGGUCCUCAACUUCGGCAGCUGCACCUGACCCCCGUUCACGGCGCGGCUGCGCGCCUUCCAGCAUCUCGCCUCCACCUUCUUAGACAUCGCCGACUUCUUGCUCGUCUACAUCGAAGAAGCCCACCCUUCCGACGGCUGGGCCAGCUCAGAUGCAGCCUACGACAUCCCCAAGCACCAGUGCCUUCAGGACCGGCUGCGGGCCGCCCGGCUCUUGCAGGAGGGCGCACCGGGAUGCUUGCUCGCUGUGGACACCAUGGACAACGCGUCCAGUGCAGCCUACGGUGCCUACUCCGAGCGGCUCUAUAUCAUCCAGGAGGCCCGAGUCAUGUACCAGGGGGGACGAGGCCCCGAGGGCUACAAGAUCUCAGAACUGAGACACUGGCUCGACCAGUACAAAGACCGCCUGCAGAGCCCACCGGCUUCCGUGGUCCUACCUGUGUAAUUGACCGUUUCCAAAACAAAGAACCCCAAACAAACGUGCAAUUGAAGGUUCUCAAUCACAGAAAGUGACAGUUACACAAAAGAAGGGGGAAGGGAGAAUUAGCCCAUGGGGGGGGAGGGGUUCCAGUGGGGG